GUACAAUCUGUCAUACAAACGCUCUUCUCUCAGCGGUGUGCUACUUUCACUUCUCACACACAGCUAGCACAAUCAAAAUCCUGAGCCCCUACGCAGAUCUACCUGCUCCGGAACUCCGCACACAUACCCCGCUACUUCAACCAACCCCGCCAUCAACCUCCCCAACCAUGCCGCCAACCCCCUCAGCCGCCCUCCUCCGCCACUCCGUAACGGCCCUUCUACGUCGGAGUCCGCACCUAUCUACUCUAUCUCCCCAUGCUCUCCGCCUCCCGCGCGCUCUAACCUCACAAUUCCACAGCUCACCUGCGCCCCGCCUCGCCGUCCCCGCUGCCAAAAAGGAAGUGCAACGUCCCAUCGUCGUGAACCUGCCUUCGGGCGAGGAGAAGGAGUUACCGACGAGAUGGCUGAGGGAUCAUUGCCAUUGCAGCCAGUGCGUGAAUCAGGAUACGCUGCAGAGGUCGUUUGACUCGUUUACGAAUACGGAUAAGACGCCUCAGAAUGUUACGUCCAAGGAAGAUGGGUUAGAAGUCAUAUGGCAAGAAACCGGCCACAAAAGCUUCUUCCCAUGGGAAUGGCUAGUGACAAACAUGAACAAGAAGCCCUCUGCGCCGAAAUACUCCUUCUGGGGCGCGGAGAUCGCGAAGAGUCCGCCGGCGGUGCAUUAUGAUGAGGUUAUGGCGAGUGAUGCCGGGGUGGGGAAGUGGACGGCUAAGAUUCGCGAACACGGAUUCUGCUUUGUGGAUGGGUGUCCGGUUUCUCCUGAGAAGACGGAGGAGCUGUUGAAUCGGAUUGCGUUUAUUAGGGAGACUCAUUAUGGCGCCUUCUACGACUUCACCUCCGACUUAACCAUGAAAGACACCGCCUACACCACCCUCGCCCUCCCCGCCCACACCGACACAACCUACUUCACCGACCCCUCCGGCCUGCAACUCUUCCACCUCCUCUCCCACGUCGGCCACGGCGGCGCCUCCCUCCUAGUUGACGGUUUCGCCUGCGCCGCCCAACUCCGCAUUUCCCACCCAGAAGCGUACGACAUCUUGUCCCGCGUCCCCGUUCCUUGGCACGCUAGCGGGAAUGAGGGGGUUGUUAUUACCCCGGCGACUUGGGUGCCGGUGUUGACGCUGGAUGAGGGGGGAGGGGUGAGGCAGUUGAGGUGGAACAAUGAUGACCGGGCGAGUAUGCCGGUGGAGAAUGGGGGGGUGGGGUAUGAGGAGUGGUUUGAGGCGGCGAGGGUGUGGAAUGGGAUUAUUACGGAUAAGAAGAAUGAGUAUUGGGAGCAGCUUGUGCCGGGACGGCCUGUUAUUUUUGAUAACUGGCGGGUUAUGCAUGCGCGCUCGGCGUUUGAGGGGAAGAGGAGGAUGUGUGGUGGAUACAUUAAUCGCGACGAUUUCAUCUCGCGGUACUGGAACACGAAUUUCUCGCGCGAAGAGGUGUUGAAGCGGAUUAUCUAAAUGAGAUGGAAUGUGCUCUUAGACGACACUACAACACACAGAAACAGCACAUAGACGAGAGAUCUAGAUGUUUAUAUUUACACCACUAUAUACGUACGUAGACGCAUAUUACGAUAAAUGAAGAUAUUGAUCUGAUAUGGGUGCGACCCUUUCUAUGUAAUCUAGAAGAAAUAACCGGUAUAAUACAGAAUGGUAUAUAUCUACACACCCCAAUCAUCCAACCCACCCUCUCUCUCCAAUCCCCUCAAGUCAGCUCACCAAGCACCAAACCACACCGCCGCCACCGCCCCAACAGCAGCCAACCGCCCACUAACCCCGCUCCUCACCCCCUUUCCCUCCCCCGUCUGACUAGCCACCGCAUCCACCACACUCGUCCCCGUCCCCACCACACUCGUCGUCGUUGCCCUCGUCGCCACCGGCGCAGUCGACGUCACAUUCCUCGUCACAAUCGGCGCACC